AUGAGUAUUUUAGCAUUCACAACCGGUGCUAUUCAAUUUAGUUCAAAUGAUAGACGAGUUCCACAACGUACCUAUUCCGACCGAUCAUUGGUACAAUUAUCUUAUGACGAUGAUAAUAAUGAAUAUUCACUAAAGGCAAUUGAUAUAGAAAAUAACAAAGAAGUGAUUUUUGAUUUUCCUGUAACCAAUAAUGAUCUGUAUCAUUUUGGAAGAUCGAACAAUGAACCGGAUGAAAUCAAACAUUCAAAUGGAACUUAUCAACUAUGGGUAAAUGAUGAAUCGCGGGAGGAAUUUCAUAAUACAUUUGCUGCAAUAUGCGAAAUGCUAAAUUUUGACGCAUUUACAAAUACAAUUCCAGAAACUAUUGAUGAUCAUUCUAUCCAUAUCAAUUUUAACGAACCCAUUGAACCAAAAAUUCCAGUUGCAGGAAACUUCGAUACAAAGAAUAUCCUAACUAAUAUUCAUAAUUUGAGUAAAUCUAUACAACAAGGCAAUAUUGAUGAAGCUAAUAGAAUCAUUAUGCAACUUGCUUCACAAGGUGCUCGACUUCAAGGACAAGCAUUUACACAAUUAAAAAAUGAAGACCAAUUUCAAAUUCUCGUUCAACUCGAUGGGGAUCAAUAUGAUAUUGAUAAAGAUGGCAGAACUAUUUUUCUUAAUGUUUUUCCCUCGACUACAGUUCGAGAAUUACGUGCAGUUUUCGAACUUUUAUAUCAUUAUUCUCCAUCAAAUCAAUAUUUUUUUGUAAAUGGUCUUCUAGCAGAUGAUAAUUCUACAAUGAAAGAAUUACAAGUUGGACCAAAAUCACUAUUUGUUUUAUUUUUAUUAGAAAAUUCAAAGAAAUUGUAA